AUGUUGAGCUGCUCAAGAGUGCGUCGCUUCCUUACCAUCGGCCAAACGCCAGGACAGCUUUCUAUUGUCAGGAGGUGUUCUUUGCUCUCAGAGGCCAUCAUUAGGGAAAAGCUGCAAUCUGACGAUCUGUUUCGAUACACCUCGGGAAGAUGGUUGUACAACGAGUCAAAGCGCCUUCAAGAAAGACAAUUAAGCUUCAAUCUCCCAGCCCUCGUGAAGGCCGCAGCAAUUUCCAUCGGACGAGAUGGCAGCGAUAUUCGGUCCAUACAAAAGUUAGCUGAAGGCGGGUUCAACCGAACCUUUCAGUUGACUAUGAAGGACGGAUUCCAACUGAUCGCCCGCCUACCGUACCCAUCAACCCAACCGAAACGCCUCGCCGUAGCUAGCGAAGUGGCCACCAUGGAUCUCAUCCGUAGCUAUGGGGUCCCGGCACCCAAAAUCUACGGCUACUCAUGUGACGCUCAUAAUCCUGUCGGCGCCGAGUACAUACUAAUGGAAGAGGCCCCAGGGCGGCUGUUAGGAGAUAUUUGGUUUUCGCUCUCUGAGAAGGACAGGAUUAAAAUUCUAUCGGAAAUUGUGGAUAACGAGGCGAAGCUCUUUAAAAUUGACUUCCCAGCGUAUGGUAGCAUUUUCUACGAUAAAGAUGUCCCUUCUGGCAUGGGACGAGAAACUUUUCAGCCAAGUAGUUCAGCAGAGCCGUUCUGCAUCGGUCCGGAUGCGUCGUUCAAGUUCUGGUUCGAAGAGCGAAGCGCUUUGGAUAUUCAAAGGGGACCUUCCAUGAGCGCAGUAGAAGUUCUUCAGCGCGCGGCGGCUAAAGAAAUGGCUUGGCUCCGAGCAUAUGGUAAACCUCGCCUGCCGUUUGAGCGAGUUCACAGGGACAUCACAAAUUACGAAAAGUCCAACCCUCAGGAACAUCUUCAUAACCUCGAAAAAUACAUGCAAGUGGCUGCUCAACUUGCUCCCAAGGAUCGAUGGCUUCAUAGGCCGAUCAUCCGCCAUCCGGAUCUUAAUCCAAACAAUAUCUUCGUUUCCGAAAGCCUCGAUAUCGUAAGCAUAAUCGACUGGCAGCAUAGCACCAUCCUUCCUCUAUUUUUGCACGCUGGAAUUCCGGCACACCUUCAGAACUACGGGGACCCAGAUUCUGAAAACCUGGUUCGACCCCAGCUUCCAGGUGAUGUCGAGGAAAUGGACAACGACGAUCGGGAAAAGGAGCUUGAGCUAUAUCGCCGGCGUCAUCUUCACUUCUACUACGUUGGAGCCACGGCCAAGAAGAUUGAUUCUCAUUUUCAAGCCCUGACGCAUGAGGGGGGUUUGUUCCGCCGCAAAAUUUUCCAACAUGCCGGUGAGCCAUGGGAGGGAAACAACUUCCCGCUCAAGGCUGACCUGAUUCGUCUGUCGCACCACUGGCGGGAGCUGGUUUCCGAAGAAAAUGAAAGUAGUACUCCACCGCCGUGCCCAAUCUCAUUUAAUGAGCAUGAGAUUGAGGAAACGCUACAGACCAUGGCGAAGCAGGAGGAAGCAGAUCACCAAAUGGAAAUUCUCCGCAACGUCAUUGGAAUCAAUGUCGACGGGUGGGUUUCUACAGAGGGGUAUAAGGAGGCUGAAGCCCAAGCCGCGGAAAUGAAAGCCGAAGCGAUAGGGUACGCGGAGAAUGACUUUGAGCGUGAGAUGACAGUGAGGCAUUGGCCUUUUUCCGACCACGACGAGAGAGAAUAG